GCGCGUGAACGUUCUUUUUUUUUUUUUUUUUUUUUUUUUUUCAAAGGGGAAAGCGAGACUAGAGGGAGGUUGACUGGCGCGAGAUCAGUGGCAUGGUCAUUCUAUUUCUAUGGAGACAUCCUGCUGACUCUCAGAGGUGAGUGGAUGAAAAGGUGACGGCGGUGCUCCUGGACCCGUUACGCACGCGAAGCCCUGGGUUCCUUGUUUUUGUGUCAAGACAGCGGAAACAAUCUGGUAUAAUUUCUCCAAAGUAGCUCACUGUCGUUCUUCUGAAUCUAAUCUGGCAAAGAAGUAACCUCCGGAAAGUGAACAUGCCUCUGGCACAACUAGUUGACCCUUGGCGAAAGAUGGCAAUCGGGAGUGCGGCGAGCGAGACGGAGCCACAUCACCUCUUGGAGGACUCUAUGGGAGAAGAUGAAAAUGUACCAUGUCAAGAAGAAGUGACUGUCAAAGAGAUCAGCAUCACACACCAUGUUAAAGAGGGCUCAGAAAAGGCUGACCCACAGCAGUUCGAGCUCCGCAAGGUGCUUGGACAGGGCUCCUUCGGAAAGGUAUUUUUGGUGAAGAAAACAACAGGCCCUGAUGCAGGACAGCUGUAUGCAAUGAAAGUGCUGAAGAAAGCCACCCUGAAAGUACGAGAUCGGGUCAGGACUAAGAUGGAGCGGGACAUCUUGGUGGAGGUUAAUCAUCCCUUUAUUGUUAAGCUACACUAUGCAUUCCAGACUGAAGGAAAGCUUUAUCUUAUUCUCGACUUUUUAAGAGGCGGGGAUCUUUUUACUCGACUGUCAAAAGAGGUGAUGUUCACAGAGGAGGAUGUGAAGUUUUAUCUGGCUGAACUGGCUUUGGCUCUGGACCAUCUGCAUGGACUGGGCAUCAUCUACAGAGACCUCAAACCAGAGAACAUUCUCCUGGAUGACGACGGCCACAUAAAGCUGACAGAUUUUGGACUCAGUAAGGAGUCAAUUGAUCAUGAAAACAAAGCAUACUCUUUCUGCGGGACGGUAGAGUAUAUGGCACCAGAGGUGGUGAACCGAAGAGGACACACUUACAGCGCUGACUGGUGGUCUUAUGGUGUACUCAUGUUUGAAAUGCUAACCGGAACGCUGCCCUUCCAAGGCAAGGACCGUAAGGAAACCAUGACCAUGAUUCUGAAGGCCAAGCUUGGAAUGCCUCAGUUUCUGAGCUCAGAAGCUCAGAGUCUCCUCAGAAGCCUUUUCAAACGAAACCCUUCCAAUAGAUUAGGUGCUGGUCCAGAUGGGGUCGAAGAGAUAAAGAGACACCAGUUUUAUGCUAACAUUGACUGGAAUAAAUUAUUUAGAAGAGAGAUGUACCCGCCCUUCAAACCAGCCUCUAGUAGACCAGACGACACAUUCUACUUUGAUCCAGAAUUCACAGCAAAAACUCCCAAAGACUCACCAGGUGUACCCCCUAGUGCCAAUGCCAAUCAACUCUUCAGAGGUUUUAGUUUUGUGGCCAUAACCUCAGAAGAGGAGUCUCAACCCAUCCAGAGCAACAGUAUGAGCUCUAUAGUUCAGCAGCUCCACAGAAAUGUGUCUCAGUUCAGUGACGCAUACGAGGUGAAGGAGGAUAUCGGAGUUGGCUCGUAUUCCAUCUGCAAACGCUGCAUACAGAAAAGCACAGGCAUGGAGUAUGCAGUAAAGAUAAUCAAUAAAGCUAAAAGGGAUCCAACGGAGGAGGUGGAAAUUCUGUUACGCUAUGGACAACAUCCAAAUAUAAUCACCCUGAAAGACGUAUAUGAUGAUGGGCGCUCAGUGUAUCUGGUGACAGAGCUGCUGAAGGGUGGAGAGCUGCUGGAUAAGAUCCUCAGACAGAAGUUCUUCUCAGAAAGGGAGGCCAGUGCUGUGUUGUACACCAUCUCAAAGACUGUGGAGUACCUGCAUGCUCAAGGGGUGGUUCACAGGGAUCUGAAGCCCAGUAACAUCCUUUAUGUUGAUGAAUCUGGGAAUCCUGAGUCCAUCCGGAUUUGUGACUUUGGCUUCGCCAAGCAGUUGAGAGCAGAAAACGGUCUGCUGAUGACACCCUGUUAUACUGUUAACUUUGUGGCCCCAGAGGUGCUGAAGAAACAGGGUUAUGAUGCUGCAUGUGACAUCUGGAGUCUAGGUGUCCUUCUGUACACAAUGUUAACUGGAUUUACUCCAUUUGCUAAUGGCCCAGAGGACACGCCUGAAGAGAUUCUGGCUCGAAUCGGCAGUGGGAAGUUUUCUCUUACAGGUGGAUACUGGAAUUCGGUUUCAUCUGAGGCCAAGGACUUGGUUUCAAAGAUGUUGCAUGUAGACCCCCAUCAGAGACUAACGGCUGCCCAAGUGUUAAGGCAUCCCUGGAUCGUUCACAAAGACCAGCUCCCCAAAUACCAGCUGAACAGACAUGAUGCCCCCCAUCUGGUUAAGGGGGCGAUGGCUGCUACCUACUCUGCCUUGAAUAGGAAUGUUCCUCCAGUGCUGGAGCCCGUGGGCUGUUCUAUUCUCGCUCAGCGCAGAGGGGUGAAAAAACUGACCUCCACUGCUCUAUGAGCACAUACCUACCACCUCCAACCUCUAGCUUGGUUUGAGCACAGCCUAAACUCGGCUUGCUUGCUGCCCACCUUGCGUCAAGGCCUUGGAGCCAAGCGUAGAUUCAGAGGACCCCUGGUGGACAAUCAAAAUCUUCCUUCUGUGGUUAAAACAAGGGCCAACAAAAAUGUUUCGCCUGUCCAAUAAUUGCUGCCUCCAAUCACAAACUGCUGAAGCAUCAGGACAGUUCUGUGGACUUCAUCUGAAGAGCAAACACUUGAGUACAGUAUUAUACAUUAAUAUAAACAUGCUGUAUCUCAGCCAUUAUAUUAAGCUAAGAAUGUAAUGUAUUCAGGGAGGAUGGGGAUUUUACAGAGGGAACUUGUGAUAUUGUAACAAAUUCCAACAGUUAUAGGCACCGACGUGUGCUGCACACAGUUGGGAAAAGCUCCAGUUGUAUGGAGGUGUUGUAUGUGGGAAAAGUUCUGAGCUUUGGAAUCAACACUGAAUAUUCAAAUUAAAUUGUAUUCUGUUCUAACUUAAAUCUGUUGCACUUGUCCCCUUUCUCAAAUCAGGAAAGCCACUGAUGUCCCACCAAAUUAUAAUUGCUAUGGUUUUCCCCAGCAAAAUUUAUUUUCCUAUUAAUCCUUGAACAAACUGGGAGGAAACCCUCUUAGCAGACCCAAUAACACUGAAAGACAAUUCACUUUUGUCUGAAUGGUUGUAAGACAGCUGCUAGUGUUAGCUUAAAGGGAUGGUUCACCCAAAAAUGAAAAUUCUGUCAUUUACUCACCUUCAUGUUCUUAAUGUCUUCUGUGGAACAUGAAAGGAGAUUUUAGGCAGAAUUACAUCCUCAGUCACCAUUCACUUUCAUUGUAUGGAGAGAAAAAAAAAAAAAAAAAGCAAUGAAAGUGGAUGGUAACUAAGGCUAACUUUCUGCCUAACAUCUCCUUUUUGUCUUCCAUGGAAGAAAGUCACAGAGAAUAACAUGAGGUUGAGUAAAUAAUUUGUAAUUUUUGGGUGAACUAUCCCUUUAAUGUAUUCUUUUUACAGGACAACAAUGUGAAAGAGGUCCAAAGCACAAUAUUGCAGUGGAAGCCAACAUGUAAGUAGCACAGAAUAUCAAAUAGAGAACUCAGGUGAAAUACAAUACAUAAAUAAGCUGGAAAGGAAAAUGUACACAGCUGUAUCGCCUCACCUAAAAACCUGAUGACCUGUGUAUUUGUUGUAUGUAGGAAAUUAUUGCUCAGAGAUAUAUGUAGUGACUUUAUGGAGUGACUACUCACAGCCUUGACAUAUUUUUAUAAAUGUGCAUGGGCAAGAUGUGAUAUUAGCUUGUAGCUUUGUGGAAGUGGAUGUUUAUGAGCAUGAUUGAGGAUUUCCCCUUCAUUUUUAACCACUUCUAAUUCCUUGAAGGUUUUUUUUUCUUCUUCUUCUUUCUUCUGAGCAAGUUUAAAUUUGUUGUACAUUUUCAUUUAAUCUCAGUUUUAUUUUUCCUGUCUUGGAAGAUUGCUGGAAAAAUUUUGCUAUCCAUGUAAGCAAGCUGCUAUCCUGUUCAUUUUGUACGUGUAGAAAAUAAAGUUGCAAUUUUUA